CAGGCAGUUCCGUCACUUUCCUCUCUGAGGCGCUUCUUCCUGGAAAAACCAUCAAGACGGAGCUGAACGGGGAAGACGGACAGCGACCCUCCUUAACUUCUGCAAUCAUGAUGUCGAUGAACAGCAAGCAGCCUUUCAGCAUGCACCCCAUCCUGCACGAGCCCAAAUACACCCCGCUGCACUCCAGCUCGGAGGCCAUCCGCAGGGCCUGCCUGCCCACGCCGUCGCUUCAGGGCAACAUCUUCGCCGGAUUCGACGAGACGCUGCUGCAGCGCGCCGAGGCGCUGGCCGCCGUGGACAUCGUGGCGCAGAAGAGCCACCCGUUCAAGCCGGACGCCACCUACCACACCAUGACCACGAUGACCAGCAUGCCCUGCACCCCCACCUCGUCCUCCGCGCACCUGCACCACCCGUCCGUGCUGACCUCGCACCACCACCCGGCGCACCACCAGCCGGCGCAGGGCCUGGAGGGGGACCUGCUGGACCACCUCACCCCGGGCAUCUCCCUGGGCGGCAUGCCCGGCUCGGACGUCUGCUCCACGGCCUCGCACACCGCCCACGCCCACAUGUCGGCCAUCAACCACAUGCAGCACCACCACCACCCGCAGUCCAUGAACAUGCACCCGCACGGCCUGGGCUCCCACGGCUCCCUGGGGAGCGCCGGCGGGGACGCGGAGCCGGACCCGCGGGAGCUGGAGUCCUUCGCGGAGAGGUUCAAACAGAGGCGGAUCAAGCUCGGGGUGACCCAGGCGGACGUGGGCGCGGCCCUGGCCAACCUGAAGAUCCCCGGGGUGGGCUGCCUGAGCCAGAGCACCAUCUGCAGGUUCGAAUCCCUGACGCUGUCGCACAACAACAUGGUGGCGCUGAAGCCGAUCCUGGAGGCCUGGCUGGAGGAGGCGGAGCGCGCGCAGCGGGAGAAGAUGUCCAAGCCGGAGAUCUUCAACGGGGGCGACAAGAAGAGGAAACGCACGUCCAUCGCGGCCCCGGAGAAGCGCUCCCUGGAGGCUUAUUUCGCCGUGCAGCCGCGGCCUUCGUCGGAGAAGAUCGCCGCGAUCGCCGAGAAGCUGGACCUGAAAAAGAACGUGGUCCGGGUUUGGUUUUGCAAUCAGAGGCAAAAGCAGAAACGAAUGAAGUUUUCUGCGACGCACUAACUAAGACCAGCACAGCCGCGGGUUUCUGCCCCGUUUACAACCACAGAGACAAACCAGAGACAAUCUGCUGCUGCUGCUGCGCACUGUCAGAAUUACAAAGAAAAAACUAAACAAGGUACACCGUUGUGCCUU